AUGGACAUUCCCCCGAAGCGAUCCUUCAAAGAUCCAUACUUUGAUGUCGGCACCUACCACAGGACGAUCAGCACAAAUAGCCCAGAGGCGCAGGUGUGGUUUGACCGUGGUUUGACCGUGGCGCUUGCUCACGACCCUGACUGUGCAAUGGCGUAUUGGGGGUUUGCAUAUGCAGCAGGACCCAAUUAUAAUAAGUCUUGGGCUAUGUUUGACAAGAAAGAUUUGGAAAGAACAGUCCCGAAGUGUCACGAUGUCGCCAAGCUAGCCCUGGAGAAGUCACAGUCGGCCACUCCGGUUGAGAAGGCUUUGAUAAAAGCGCUCCAGAAACGCUACUCUAUGACAACUGUCCUCGAGGAUUUCACGCCGCCAAACAAGUCAUACGCCGAUGAAAUGAGGGACGUCUACCAGCGGUUCGGCGAGAAGGAUUUGGACGUGAUUGCGCUCUUUGGCGAUGCGCUUAUGAACUGGAAGCCGAGGCAAAUGUUUGAUAUCCAUACAGGCAAGGCAAUACCAUCCUCGCCAGUUUUUGAGGUCAGAGCUGUCCUCGAGCAUGGGCUGGCACAACCUGAUGUCAAAGGCCACCCGGGGGUUCCCCAUCUUUGCUCAACAGCUUGCGACAUUAUCCGCGAACUCGUCCCGGAUGCUGGUCAUAUGGCUCAUAUGGCCACCCAUAUCGAUGUACUCGUGGGAGAAUACCGGCGGUCGAUGACGUCCAACUAUGAGGCUACUGUUGCUGACGACAAAUACUUCCAUCGGUAUGGUGGCGUCAACUUUUACAGCUUCUAUCGGCUUCACGAUUAUCAUUCGCUGAUAUAUGCAGCCAUGCUUGCCGGUCAGUCCAAGGUGGCCUUGGAAUCAGUGGAUCGCAUGGAGGCAACCAUCACAGAAGAGAUGCUGCGGCUCGAGUCUCCUCCUAUGGCGGACUGGCUCGAAUUCCUCCUCGCAGUGCGUGUGCAUGUCCUCGUCAGGUUUGGCUUUUGGGAGGAGUUGAAGCAGCUGCAGAUUCCCGAGGACAAGGAUCUUUACUGUGUCACAACCGUGAUGAUGUACUACGGAAAAGGGAUCGCGUAUGCCUCGACGAAUGACCUCAAGAAUGCGGAUCUCCAGCGCGAACUCUUCCGGAAAGCAGCGUUGCGUGUUCCCGAGAGCCGGCUCGACUUUCCCAACCGCAUUGUCGAUGUUCUCAAAGUGGCAAACGCUAUGCUGGAUGGCGAAAUCGAAUACAGGCGGCAGAACUACGAGGUGGCUUUUGAGUCUCUGCGGCAAGCCAUUGUUCAUGAGGACGCGCUGAUGUAUACAGAACCUUGGGGUUGGAUGGUACUUGCAAGACACGCCUACGGGGCCUUGUCUCUGGAGCAAGGCAUGGUGGAACAGCCCGCACUGGCUUAUGCGGAAGACCUCGGGCUGGUGGAAAACCUGACAAGGGCCCAUCAACAUCCAAAGAAUGUAUGGGCGCUACAUGGCUACCACGAAUGUUUGAUUCGUCUUGGUCGUCAUGCUGAGGCAGUGAUUAUAAAGCAAAUGCUCACUUUGGCCGCUGCGGAGGCCGAUAUCUUUAUUGCCUCUUCCUGCUUUUGUCGGUUAGGAGUGCCCAACGGGUGCGGCUCAAAUUGCCGAUAA